CAAAGAGGAAACCAAACUUAAACAUCAAACACAAAAAUCUCUAUUCCCAACUGCCCUCUUCUCUUCCAUUAUUCACUUCAAAACAACAACACAACAUUUUUCUCCAACCAUUUCUCUGUUUUUUGACUUUUCUGUUUUUUUAGCUCUCCAAAUUCUCCAUUAAUCCUCAACUUUUUCUCUGGAUCAGUGGAUUUAACUUUAGGGAAAAGGGGCCAUUUUUUUAGUACCCUGUUUUCCCCUCUGUUUUCCUCUGUAUUCUCCUCUGUUUUCCUCUGUUUCCUCUGUUUUCUCCUCUGUUUUCCCCUCUGUUUUCUAGUUUUAUGAAGUGAUAAUGAACACAAUCCAAGAAAACAACACUAUGUCUUGCAUAUUUGAUGAGGGUGCUCAAAUUAGAUCUUCCUUAUCUCAACUAAUUUUAACAAGUGGUACAAACACAUUAGACUCAAUAUUUUCUCAUUGCCAAGAAACAAAUCAAAUAACUAGCCCUGUUUUUGAGCCCUUAGGUUCUUCAGUUUACCUUAGACAAAGAGAUUUGCUACAAAAAAUUUUCCAAGAAAACAUAACAAAUAUCCCAAUACCAACAACUUCCACAACUUUCCCACUUCAAAACUCUCUGUAUACACAGAAUUACAGGUUUCCAGAGAAGAAAAAAUUAUACAGGGGAGUGAGACAGAGGCAUUGGGGAAAAUGGGUUGCUGAAAUAAGACUUCCACAAAACAGAAUGAGAGUUUGGUUAGGUACUUAUGACACUGCUGAAGCUGCUGCUUAUGCUUAUGACAGAGCAGCAUAUAAGCUUCGCGGCGAAUAUGCACGCUUGAAUUUUCCUAAUAUUCGCGAUCCGAGUAAGUUGGGAUUUGGAGAUAGUGAAAAAAUGAAUGCUGUGAAGAAUGCUGUGGAUGCUAAAAUUCAAGCUAUUUGUCAAAAGGUGAAAAGAGAGAAAGCUAAAAAGGGUGCCAAGAAAAAGUGUGAAAAUGAGAGUAAAGUUAAAGAAUCUAUAGAUUCAUCAUCUUCUACUUCUUCUUUGGUGGGUGAUGUGAUUUCCCCAAGUGUUUCUGAAGAUGGAUUGUGGAAAAGUGAGAAUUCGAAUUGUUCUAUUUUUGGUGACUGCUUAAAGGAGCCAUUAAUGGAAUCUGAGUUUGAUAGCUGUUCACUUGCAAGAAUGCCUUCUUUUGAUCCUGAGUUGAUAUGGGAAGUUCUUGCUAAUUAGAACUUCUUAGUUGGUAUGUUAAGUUUAAUUAGGAGCUUAUAUUGGGAUUUAGAGGGGCCAUUUUCUGUUGUGGGAAUGUAAAUGGUUAAUUUUGAAGUUUAACUAUCUAUUUAUGACUACUUUUGAA